CGGAAGUGCGGGGCGCAGCUUCCGGUCCGGUCCUCUCCCCCUCUUCCUCCUCUUCCUCCUCCUCCUCCUCCUCCUGUUUCUGCCUCCCUCCCCUCCCCCUCCCCCCCUCGGAGCGGCUCUCCCAAAAUGGCGCCCUUGGACUUGGAUAAGUACGUCGAGAUAGCGCGGCUCUGCAAGUACCUGCCCGAGAACGACCUCAAGCGCUUGUGCGACUACGUCUGUGACCUGCUCCUAGAAGAAUCUAACGUGCAGCCAGUUUCUACUCCCGUUACCGUCUGUGGUGACAUUCAUGGACAGUUUUAUGAUUUAUGUGAAUUAUUCAGAACUGGAGGUCAGGUUCCUGACACAAACUACAUAUUUAUGGGUGAUUUUGUAGACAGAGGCUAUUAUAGCCUAGAGACGUUUACUUAUCUUCUUGCCCUGAAAGCAAAGUGGCCUGAUCGGAUCACACUUUUGCGUGGGAAUCAUGAAAGCAGACAGAUAACCCAAGUCUAUGGAUUUUAUGAUGAAUGCCAAACAAAAUACGGUAACGCAAACGCCUGGAGAUAUUGCACUAAAGUCUUUGACAUGCUUACAGUAGCAGCGUUGAUAGAUGAACAGAUCCUCUGUGUGCACGGAGGUCUCUCUCCAGACAUCAAAACACUGGAUCAGAUCCGAACCAUCGAGCGCAACCAAGAGAUUCCACACAAAGGAGCUUUCUGUGACCUCGUCUGGUCUGACCCAGAAGAUGUUGACACCUGGGCCAUUAGUCCUCGAGGAGCUGGUUGGCUUUUUGGUGCUAAAGUCACCAAUGAGUUUGUCCACAUCAACAACUUAAAACUGAUCUGCCGGGCCCACCAGCUAGUACAUGAAGGUUAUAAAUUUAUGUUUGACGAGAAGCUGGUAACCGUAUGGUCUGCUCCCAACUACUGCUAUCGCUGUGGAAAUAUCGCCUCAAUCAUGGUCUUUAAAGAUGUAAAUACAAGAGAACCUAAACUCUUCCGUGCUGUCCCAGAUUCUGAACGCGUCAUCCCCCCGCGAACAACCACACCGUAUUUCCUCUGAAAUACUGCCUCUGGCCCUUCCUUUCUUUGUGACAUACAUCCUAUCGAGCACUUUGCUGCUGAAACGCCUUUUUAUUUUUAAAUUAUCUAAAUGUAUUGUAUAUGGUCUGUAGCAUUGCAUUUCUUAAUGUCCCCUUCCCACGCGUCUCCUCCUUUCUACGUCUGUAAGAACGCUUUUGAAACGUCCCACAAGCACUUAACUUGUCGUUUUCUAGUGCUUAUGAUUUCCUGUUUUUGUUUUUAGGGAAAACUCUGAUUUCCCUUCAAAAUAAAAUCAAAUAAAAACAGAGCAAGACAUCA